AUGCCAGUAACUACAACGCCAGUGACUACAACACUAGUAACUACGACACUAGUAACUACGACACCAGUAACUACAACGCAAGUGACUACAACAAUAGUAACUACGACACCAGUAACUACAACGCCAGUGACUAAAACACUAGUAACUACGACACCAGUAACUACAACGCCAGUGACUACAACACUAGUAACUACAACACCAGUAACUACGACAUCAGUAAAUACAACGCCAGUGACUACAACACUAGUAACUACGACACCAGUAACUACAACGCCAGUGACUAAAACACUAGUAACUACGACACCAGUAACUACAACGCCAGUGACUACAACACUAGUAACUACGACACCAGUAACUACAACGCCAAUGACUACAACACUAGUAACUACGGCAUCAGUAACUACGACACCAGUAACUACAACGCCAGUAACUACAACACCAGUAACUACAACGCCAGUGACUACAACACUAGUAACUACGACACUAGUAACUACGACACCAGUAACUACAACGCCAGUGACUACAACAAUAGUAACUACGACACUAGUAACUACGACAUCAGUAAAUACAACGCCAGUGACUACAACACUGGUAACUACGACACCAGUAACUACAACGCCAGUGACUAAAACACUAGUAACUACGACACCAGUAACUACAACGCCAGUGACUACAACACUAGUAACUACGAUACCAGUAACUACAACGCCAAUGACUACAACACUAGUAACUACGACAUCAGUAAUUACGACACCAGUAACUACAACGCCAGUAACUACAACGCCGGUGACUACAACACUAAUUAAUGUCGCAUUAAGUACCAAAAUAGAAUUAGCAUAA